UUGUGAUUAGCAAAUUCAAAAUGUCGCACGUCGGUUAAAAAUAAAAUUGCCUUUUGUCGGUUCAUUUAAUUUUGUUUUGAUUUGAUUGUAUUACAAAAGUUUUAAUUGAUUUGUAAAAAAUUUAGAUAGUUAAGUUGAAUUAGUAGUGAAAAAUGCCACGCACAAAACGACCUGUACGGAAACAAGAGCAAGUAGGCGAAUGCUAUGAAGCUCAGAAUAAAAUCGACAAACUUGUAACAGAAAUGAAAACCAAAUUUGAAAACCAAGCACAAAUAGAAACCAAAGAUGUGGAGAUGCGCUUCAAGUGUCUCUUGGCAACUAUCAGUGCUGAGGAUUUGAACAAGACCGUUGGGCAAUUGAAAGCAGAAGCAAACCAGCCGCCCCAAACCAGACAAUCUGCAGCCCACUCCAGUAGAGCUGUGUCGCAUGAUGAUGGGUACUUGUCAGGCCAGUCCUCGCAGGGCUCCGGGGGCAAGGGGCAGACCAAAAUGUUGGCAGGCCCACCCUCAGUAUCCCGCACGGGCGGGCGCCGCUCGCGCUCCGCAGACGCCUCCGUGCGCUCCAUCAAGACUGUCUCGCGAGCCACCACCCAGCGGCGCCGCUCGCGCUCCGUGUACAGAACCCCCGCGCACAAGAUGGCGCCGCCCCCCACCGCCGUGUACAAGACCCCCGCCUACAACCACAACGCGCUCACGCAGUACCCCGCUAUCACGCCCAAAGUAGCUCCAAACACCCCGCUGACAGUGCUGCGUCAGCCGCGUAUGGGCGAAAUGGUGUUUUCCAUGUCAGGCUCGCCUCUCAUGGCCAACUUGUGCAACACUAUGAAACCCACCGACAAAGCCCACUGCAAUAUAGUGCUCCAAGACGGGACAAUGCUGUCCCUCCAACCGCAGCAGCUGAGAACCUCUCAACACGUCAUCCCCUUCUCCCUGAUGGAUAAUACCGUACUGCACCAGCUCAAAACCCUCAAAGAUAACCUGGAUAAGGUGGUCAAGUUAGGCGAGAAGGUCAUUGACUGAUGUAACACAGUAUGGUGUCAUUUAUGGCAUUCACAACAGACACUGCAGUCACAGCAAUAUGUAUGAUAGUGGAUUUGAUAACAAUUAUUACAUGAUUUUUAAUGCCAUGGGAUUUAGUGUGGUACCUAAAAUCUGACUUUAAAAAUAUGUAUUGGUAAAAUAGUAAGACCUGUGUUGAUUAAAGUGUGCCUUGAAAAAUAAUGUGUAUAAACUAUUGUCGUGAAUGUAGAUUAAAAAAUGAGUGGUUUUUAUAAUAUAUAUUGUAUGUUGUGUUUAUGAUUAAUUCUUGAUGUUAUGGCUGUUUUAGUGUAUUGUAUGUCUGUACCUAGCGAAUUUUAUUCUUCUUUUCCAGUGAAGUUGUGUAGAAUUUGUACAAUAAACAUAGUCUGAGAAUAGUUUAUUAUAAUACUAAUUUUAAUUUAUUUUAAUGAUGGUAAUUAAUAAUUCAAGUAUUUUUAAAUAAAAGACAUUUUUAUUCAG